AUGGGUCCUAUGCCCUGUUGCAUAGAGCAGCACAAGCAGCAGCAGCAGCUGGGCAGCAGAGAUGGUCGAGGUUCCCCUAGAGUAGCAACAGCAGCAGCAACGGCAGCAGCUGCAGCAGCAACAGCAGCAGCAACAGCAGCAGCAACGGCAGCAGCAACUGCAGCUGCAAAUGCAGCAGCGACAGCAGCAGCAGCAGCAGCAGCAACCAACGAGGGAGAGGAAGCAGCACUAAGGAAGCAACUGAUGCUGCUGCAGCUCUCUCCUCUGCAACGAGCAGGGUGUAUGUACAGUGCAGGAGCAAAUGCGCAAUCCCCUGCAGCAGCAACACUAUGCGAGACCUUUAGUACAGCAGCAGAGCAGCAGCAGCAAAGAGAAGCAGCAAAAAUGAUAGAAAUGAUGGAUACAAAAGAAGCAAAAGACAAUGAAGGAACAAAAGGAUUUAUAUUAGCUGCUCUUCUUCCUCUAUUCAAGCAAUUAGCAAGAAGACAAAGAGGAAGAGAGCAACUAGCAGCAGAGGGAGUCUUUGCUGCUGCUGCUAAUCUUUUUAAUCUUCUCUCCUCCAUUUGCAAUGAAGACGAUGGAGGGAAAAUCUUAGCCGAUGCAGGUGCGGAUGGCCAACUCACUUCUUACCUUUGCACCGCAUGCUGGAAACUGCCUAAUCCAGAGGGUCGCGGUUUGCUCCGUGAUGCAGCAGUGGCUGCAUGCAGCGUUGCAGCCGUUUGUGAGGCUAGAAGGCGCAUGCUAGGCAGCAGCAUCAUCGCAGCAGCAGCGAAGUUGCUCUGGCUGCUGUUACCUGAGCUGCAGCAACUUGAGCAUCAACAUCUUACAACAACAAUGACAACAGCAGCAUUUGAGCAACCCGCCGGUUUGCCAUCUUUGUCUGUUUCCUUGGAGACAGCAUGCAUGUCGGUGCUACAGCUCCAUCCUUUUUUCUUAUUUUUAUUCAACUUCUACCCUCCUCUCUACCUCAGUGCAAAUAUACAGUCUACUAAAGCUGCACAUUUUCCCCCCCCCUCUAUUGACGGAGGCAGAAAGAAGAUUGAUCAAGUCUUUAAUAACUUGCGUCAACAAGAAAAGCGCUGA